AUGUAUCUCUCGCUGGCCACCCUGGUUCUAACCCUUAGCGCUGCUGUUUCCGCUUCCCCGACCCCAUUGUCAUCCGGCUUGGAAGACAUCGCCAGACGCGUUCCGUACAAUACCUGCAAGCUCGACAUCACGGAGAUUAGAACCUGCGAACCGCAAGACCGAAACCUCUACACGCGCUUCAGACUCGAAGGCCCCAACCAAGUCCUCUGGCACGAGACGCCCCAACUAUCGGCUCCAGGCCUAUCGAUCAACCCCUCAAAACCCCUCGAGCUGAAGGAGGCAGGCAUGCAGUACAUUCUGAAAAUCACCGGUCGCCUUGACAAGGACGACGUUGAGUUCAAAUAUGGCCUCUUGACCUGGACGACGGAGUCGACGUCGGGGUUCGCCAAGUGUAGAGGUGUGACGGCUGAUGACUGGAACAAGGGGGGCAGCCACUGCCGAACUGAUUCGAGGCAGUUCCAGUGCGAGUUCGCCUGCUAA